AAAGUAAAAAGUAUAUUGACGUCAAAUAAUUAAUAAAGUAAAAGAAUUCAAGUCUAGCGAGAAGAAAAGAAUAGUUUGGCACAGUGUUGGUAAGGGUGGUAGUAGUGAUGCUGAUGGUGGGGGAAAAGAUCGUACAGCCUGCUCGCGCUCGCGGCAGAAUGAAAAUGGCGUUGUUCAUUUGUGAACCAAGUAACGGACAUUGACUAUAAGGAGGAGAGAGGAGGGAGACAGAGUGAAGAGAGUUGGGACUGUGCGCGCGUGCGGCGUUGUAUCCUUUGCUCAGUUCUUCCGCGUGCGUCGUCGUCGUCAUCGUCGUCGUCAUCAUCGUCGUCGUCGUCGCCGUCGUCGUCGCCGUCGUCGUCGCCUAGUGAAGAGGUGGAGGAGGAGGUGGAGGAGUAGAAGAACAAGAAGAGAAGAGAAGGAGGAAGAAGAGGUGGAGGAGGAGGUGAAGAGGAGAAGAGAGGUAGAGUAGAGUAGUCUUCUGGUCGCUUUUCGUAGUCGUCGCGUUGAGAGUGGCAGUGCUGUAGUGAGCCAGCUGCUGGUAAAGAAGCGCGCGGUGCUCGUGUAAUGUGAGAUAAAGAUAGAGAUAGAGACACAUACCAGAAAAAGAAAAGGGACGAAGAGAGAGAAAGAGAGGGAGAGAGAGAGGACACAUACAGAACUUCUGUAUAAGACUGAAAAGAAGAAGAAAAAAAGAAUAAUAAGUAGCGUGCGCGAGAGAGAAAGAGACAACAAACACGAUGAAGUGACACCGCGACGUGAUUAAAUUUUCGUGGACUGGUGGAAAAUAAGUGAUUCUGGGGGGCCGAUAAAUUCGCGUCGUUGAAGGACGAGUUCGUGCCGAUGCCGGCCGAAUACCGAGAGAACCACGAGAACGCCAAUUUUCCUGUUGGGGCUGGACAGGACGCCAGCAACAUGACGGCCAACAUGUAUCGAGUGGGAGAUUAUGUAUAUUUUGAAACAUCUUCCACUUCUCCUUACCAAAUAAGAAGGAUAGAAGAGUUAAAUAAGACUCCAAAUGGAAACGUUGAAGCAAAAGUCAUGUGUUUUUUUAGGCGGAGGGAUUUACCCUCUACUUUAAUAGUAUUAGCAGAUAAACAUCAGUUGGCAAGUGCAGAGCAGCAAAGGUCAGAAUCUCCUGCAAGCACACAGAGUACGAAACUGGAGAAUCCAGAUUCUACUAAGGAAAUCACUAAUAAAGAUGGGAUUGGCCCAAAAGUGAUGAACAAAGGGGGCGGGAAAGGGGGCUGGCUGAAGGCCCCGCUAUCGGAGGCCCAAGAGCCCCAUGGCAUGGAAGAAAGUGUAGUAGGCCCUGGAGGAGUAAUGGAAUUAAGUACUAAACAACGUCAUCAAAUGAAGCAUAGAGAACUUUUUUUAUCUCGACAGGUAGAAACAAUGCCUGCCACACAUAUAAGAGGCAAAUGCUGUGUUACUUUAUUGAAUGAAACAGAAUCGUUAUUAAGUUAUCUAAAUAAAGAAGAUUCGUUCUUUUACUGCUUAGUUUUUGAUCCAGCUCAACGUACUUUAUUAGCAGAUAAAGGUGAAAUUAGAGUAGGAAGUAGGUAUCAAGCUGAUGGAAUAGCACCAGCACCUCUAACACCUGCUGAAAGAGAAGCAGAUCCUCGUAGAUUACAAGAAUUAGAGACAUUAGUCUGGACGCCACGUCAUUCAUUGACAGAUCGUCAAAUUGAUCAAUUUCUUGUUGUUAGUCGAUCUGUUGGUACUUUUGCAAGAGCUCUCGAUUGUUCUUCGUCAGUCAAACAACCCUCUUUACAUAUGUCCGCAGCUGCUGCAUCCAGAGAUAUUACUCUAUUUCAUGCAAUGGAUACUUUACAUCGACACAAAUAUGAUGUAGCUGAAGCAAUGUCAUCAUUGGUGCCUAGUACUGGUCCAGUAUUAUGCAGAGAUGAAAUGGAGGAAUGGAGUGCUUCAGAGGCAAAUUUGUUUGAAGAAGCUCUUGAUAAAUAUGGAAAGGAUUUCUCUGAUAUACGUCAAGACUUUUUACCCUGGAAAACUUUGAAAAACGUUAUUGAAUAUUAUUAUAUGUGGAAAACGACCGAUCGUUACGUACAACAAAAAAGGGUAAAGGCCGUAGAAGCAGAAAGUAAAUUAAAACAAGUUUAUAUACCAAAUUAUAAUAAAACACCAGUACCUUCGUCUACGGCAUCUGGAACUACGAUUGUUCCUUUGGGAAAUACUAAUAAUUCUAAUGGAAAACCAACUAAUGUAUUAAAUGGCAAUAGUAACGGCAAUAUGGCAACUGAUAAUACUGGUAUGCUUAUGGUUGGUGUUGGUGGAAAACCUUGUGAAAGUUGUCAAGGUAUGCAAAGUUCACAAUGGUAUGCUUGGGGCCCAUCACACAUGCAAUGUCGUUUAUGCCAUUCGUGCUGGAUGUACUGGAAAAAAUAUGGUGGAUUAAAGGUUCCAUCUCGUAUCGAUGAUGUAGAUUUAGAACGAAAAAGAGGUGGUGCUGGAUCUGAUGAAGAAAGUAAAGGAAUUGGUGGUGCUCAUAGACCCCAUCGUUGCAGCAUUCCUUCUUGUGGUAAAGAAUUUAAACUGAAGGCUCACCUUAGCCGACAUUAUGCCAGUGCUCAUGGUGUUGAUUUAAGAAGCGGAGCAAGUGGGGGUGGUGGUAGUGGUUCCCCACGGCCUGUUAUGAAAACUCGCUCAGCAUUUUACUUACGUACACCGACAUUAGCACGAGCUGCUCGUCGACUUUGCGCUGCGCAGUUGCGUACGCGUCACGCUGCCAGAGCACCUCAUCAACCUGUGAAUCCAGCUCCAUUACGGCACUUUUGUGCAUCCCCUCAAUUAAUUUCGAAAACUCCUAAUGAAUUGCGCAUUUUAGCGCGUUCAGUUCGACCUAAACCUCGUCCACGUGUUACUGAUAUAGCCACGCGUUUGGGUGAUCAUCCUUCUCCAAGACAACCAGGGGAUUGGGAUUGGUUGACACUUACGGCACCAGCACAACGUAAACAACCAGAUCGUGUUUCGUUUCCUCGUCCUCCUAAAGCACCUGAUGGUAGUCUUUUAUAUGAAAGAGUACCAAAUAAACCAGAAGUAGACAGGCUUACAUUAACUCCUCCUCAAGUACAGCCUGCUAUGCAAGCUCAACAAACUAUAAUGAAACGCACAAGGCCUCCGUUUGAUGAAAUCAAUGGUUCGGAUGGCUACUACUCUGAUGUGGAUUGGGACGAAGGUAUUGCAUUAAACCCAGGGCUCUCCAGUGGUCCACCACCUCCCAAAAGGGCUCAUCAUUCUCAACAGUUACAUCCAAAACAUGCUUUGGAACAUGCUGCUCCUGCGGUUCUUCCAUUAGCACCGCCGCUUAAUGGAAGACCUGUCCCUCCGAAUUCUUUAUCACUUGGUCCACCAAUAUCUAGAAGUAAUGCGCGCAAACAAGUUAUUUCCUGGAUGGAUGCACCCGAUGAUGUUUAUUUCCGUGCUUCAGACCAGACAAAACGAAUUAGAAGAACUUUGUCAUCGGUGGAGUUACGAAGAGCAGCUCGUAAACCGUGGCGUAGAUUACCGGCACCCUUACAUGCACCUCAUUCUCAAAGAACGGUACGUGGAGAUGACAUGGUAGUCAUACUCGAUUGAAUCGGUAAUAUGAACGUUUAAGCAGCUGAUUCCUAAUCAGUAUCUGCUGCUAUUGGGAUUAUUGUGUCAUCGGUAUACUUCAGUGUCAGGGUGACGGCUGUUGUUAAGACUGCAGCUAUAAAGCGUAUUAUCAUUGAGAACAACUUUGAAAUUGAUAAGAAAAAAUAAUUAACUGAGAGAUCUAAUGCUUGCUAUAGUGGCUGGCAUUAGUCGAAUCCCGUUAAA